UGGCAUUUUUCUGGUAUAUGACUAUGGUCACACUGCAUUGGCAUACGGUUCAACUGACUUUUUUACGGAGUGAAGUGCAGAAAAAUGAGUUAAGCUUUCCCUAAAGCCAUAUAUUUUACAUAACGGUAUUGCGAGUAAUAUUCGAAAUAGGUGGAGCGCGGCUAGACCCGCUGCCAAUACUACCCCACCCCUCCUGGCCCAUGAAAUCAAUUAAGCGUAGAACGCCGUAACGCGAAAAUCGAUUUCGCUUUCGGCUGCGGGCGCAAGCAAUAACAGAAACACCAGCUAGAAUGUCCCCGUGGACAGUGGAUACGGGAAUGGAGAUGACUGCCAACGGGCGGCGGAGGAAGGCAAUGCACCAGCCUGGUUCUACCAGCUGGCACGGACACUGGCAACGGGCACUGCUUCUGGCGGGGAUUAUCCUGAGUAUUCUAACGACAGGCUGCGAUGCCACGGACACCGACAUCGCCCUGGACGCCAAGGCCACUCUGAAUCAUCGUAUCCAAAGCCUCGAUCUGCUCGUCUUUGUGUUCCUGUUGGCCCUUACGGUUCUCACCAUAUGGCUGUUCAAGCACCAUCGAGUGUCCUGGCUACAUGAGACGGGUCUGGCCGUAAUUUACGGUCUGAUUGUGGGAGCCAUAAUACGCUAUGCCGGCACCUCCACCACCCUGGUCCAUAUGCAGGUGGAGCCCCAGGGCACUCCGGUCUACAGCGAUAAGCUGCCACCAGAUACGCUCUGGUUUAAGUAUCCAGUCAACCAGACCAAUGGCACCAAGAACCCCGAGGGCAUUAAAACAUAUGCCUACGUUUUCCGCGGGCAGGUCUACAACGAGGAUGAGAACGAAAUAGAUCUGAAGGCGACAUUCGAUCCGGAGGUAUUCUUCAACAUCAUACUGCCUCCGAUCAUCUUCUACGCGGGCUACAGCUUAAAAAAAAAAUAUUUCUUUCGAAAUUUGGGUGCCAUUCUUACCUUUGCUAUUGUGGGGACCACACUGUCGGCCUUCCUCAUCGGUGGUUUCAUGUACGGCUGUGUGAAACUGAUGCCCAACUACCUGAGCACCGGCUUCUCGUUCUUGGACACCCUCUACUUUGGAGCCUUGAUUUCGCCCACAGACCCGCUCACCAUUCUGGCCAUUUUCAGUGACCUGCGGGUCGAUGUGAAUCUGUACGCUCUGGUUUUGGGGGAAUCUGUCCUGAACGAUGCCGUGGCCAUUGUUCUGAGCGGAGCCAUUCAAAACUAUGGAGAACACUAUUCCAACAGUGGGGAGUUCGAAACGACGGCGUUUUUGCGGUCUAUGAGUGACUUCUUCUCCAUUUUCCUACUGUCGCUGAUGAUUGGAGCUGCGAUGGGCUGUCUGACAGCAUUGAUGACAAAGUUUACGCGGGUUCGCGAUUUCCCACUCUUGGAGUCGGCUCUCUUCGUCCUCAUGAGCUACAGCACUUUCUUGCUGGCCGAGGCGACGGAGCUGACGGGAGUGGUGGCCGUGCUCUUCUGUGGCAUCUGCCAGGCCCAUUACACCUACAACAAUCUCUCGGAGGACUCCCGGCAGCGAACAAAACAAAUAUUUGAGUUACUCAACUUUCUGGCAGAGAACUUUAUCUUUUCCUACAUUGGAGUGUCUAUGUUUACCUUCCCGAAGCAUCAUUUUGAUGCCGGAUUUAUUAUAACAGCUUUUAUCUGCGCCGCGCUGGGACGAGCCGUCAACGUGUAUCCCCUAUCCUGGUUGCUAAACAUCAGACGAAAGCCCAAAAUCUCCACAAACUUCCAGCACAUGCUCUUCUUUGCUGGGUUACGAGGCGCCAUGUCCUUUGCCCUGGCGAUUCGGAACACAGUAUCUGAUGCUCGACAGACCAUGUUGACGGCCACGUCCCUGAUUGUUAUCUUCACGGUCAUUAUACAGGGCGGGGCGGCUAAUUUUCUGCUCAAUUGGCUGAAGAUACCUGUUGGGGUUGACGAUGAGACUGAACAAUUAAAUAAUUACCAAGUGCACAGUGUUUACAAUUCAAUGGACAAUUCACAUCCGCAGACGUCUGAUGGCUACUUGCAGGAUGUGGAGAGCGGUGGCGGCGGAGGACGCGGCAAGAUGCGUAUGUCAGGAGGAGGCACAGAGUCCAACCUAGACACGCCGAUUGACGGUCCAAACGGAAGCUUGGGUGGCGGUCGUCGCCGCAAUAGUCAUGAAAAGGCAAUUCUUGCCAGGAUUUGGGGAAGCUUCGACACCAAGUACAUGAAGCCACUGCUGACCCACUCGAGACCUACUCUCCUGGAGACUCUGCCCGUCUGUUGCAAUCCCAUCGCCAGGCUGCUCACCACAACGCAGCAACUGACACAGGAUGGUAGCGAGUUCAGGCGCGUUGACUCCGACUCUGAUAUCUGCAUAGACAAUGACACUGGCAAUGGCCUUAGCCAGGACGGUGGGCCAGGAGGCGGUGGGCCGGGGUCAGGCGGAACAGGCGCAAGUGUGGGGCGGCGCAACUCCCUCAGUCGCUCAAUCCAAUUAAAUGCGGCAAAUCACCUUGCAAAUGAUCUCAGCCUGGCUACUAAUAAUUUCAUGUAAAAAAAAAAAAGAAUUCUCCGGACUAACAAGCGAUUAAAAAAAUAAUUAUAUAUUUAAAGUUUAUUUAGUAUUUUGUAAUGCCCAAACUUAUGUUUGUUUUUGUCUACUUUUCCUUGGUGAACAUAAUAUUGUAUGUACUAUAAUAUGGUGGCACAGACGGAGACCCAAACAUGAUAAUCCUAGUCCAGGGAGCCGCCUGUCUGUCAGUCUAAGAAAUGAUUAACCAAUGGCUUCUUAUAGCGCACUGCUGUUAAGAUGUUCGUUUGUAUCGUACAAUUAUAAUUUUUGUAUUUAUUUCCAUAAUCUUAUUUCUUAGAUACUAACACGCGACUAACCAUGUAAGUACAAAUUAUUUAAAUGCAGAUUAUUUCCUCAUUUGCUUAAUGUCCUAUGGUUUUCGCUUGUUUUUAAAACACACAUCCAAUUAUAUAUUUUUUGUUUAAUGUUCAUAAUUUUUAUAUUUUAGGUUGAAGGCGAGCAUCGAAAUGUUUAUACUUAAGUUUAUUUUUUUGUUAUUUAUAUUAAUUGGUCUCAUUCGAAAUGAAAAAUGUGGAAAAAUGUACAAAUUAGAUUAUUAUUCUUAUGUUCUUUCUUGUUUACACAAUGUGAUUUGGAACUGUAGUUAUAAAAAUAAAUAAAAUAGCGAUUACUGAUUUGAAUCGAUUCGAAAUAUGAGUUAGGUCUUUGCUGAAACUGGCUACCAAACAUCGAGCUCACACAAUAUGAAUCACCUAUACCUUAUCACACGAAUAACUAUUAAGUCCAUUGUUUAAUAUUGUUUAAACUGUUUUUCUAUAUGUAACUUAGUUUCGCCAUAGUAAAUAAAUAUACACACAAAAAAUAUAAAUAUUUAUACGAGUA